AUGACAACGACAAUAACAUCAACUUUGGAAAAUUGUACAAUUCAUGAAACACUGAUUAUUGAUACGUUUUUUCCGUACUCUACAUCGAUCAAACCAACUGUUUCGGUGAAUUAUUCGUUCCCUGGACCACUAAUUGAAGCCUAUGAAGGCGAUACACUUGUCAUCCGAGUGAUUAACCGACUAAAUGUGCCUUCAACAAUACAUUGGCAUGGAAUGCAUCAGUACGGUACACCAGGUAUGGAUGGUUCAGUUGGCGUUAGUCAGUGCGCCAUACCACCGGGUGAUGAAAUGAUAUACGAGUUCAAGGCAGAACCAGCGGGAACAAAUUGGUACCACGGACAUCUUCUUCAACAGCACACAGAUGGACUAUUUGGCCCAUUAAUUAUACACCCACGGCUUAAUCCAAGCAAACAGUACUAUGAUAGUGAUCGUAUAUUCAUGUUAUCGGAUUGGUAUAAUAAUCUCUCUUCCGAAUUAAUUCCCUGGUUUUUAAAUCCGAAUAAUCCAGCUGGUAUCGAACCUCCACCGGAUGCCAUAGUUGUCAAUGAACAGUUUACACAAUCGUUGUUUGUUCCGGUAUUGGGUGCAAUGCGUAUUCGUUUUCGAGUUAUAAACGCUGCGCCAUUAUCAAUGUAUACUGUUUCGAUCGAUGGUUUGCCAUUGCACAUCAUUGAAUUGGAUAAUACUGAAACGAUACCCUACUCAGUCAAUUCAUUUUCCAUUCAUGUUGCUCAACGUGUUUCAUUUUAUAUUGACUUGAGCGAAUUAGACCCAAACUAUACUGUUUCGGGUUCAUCACCAACGAAUUCACUUUUCAUUCGAUUUCAAGCAGUAUUAUCUAUGUAUGCUGUUGACAUUCUCAAUUACAUUCCUCCAUAUGAACAGGCACGCUAUCCAUAUCCAACUUUCUUCACACCAUUGUAUCUUGGUAUUUUGUCACUUGAUUCCACUAAUUCUACACCAGCAUAUCCGGCUGGCAACCCAAUUCCGACACUACAAAAUGCUGUUACUCCAUUUGAUAUGAAUAUUUUAGCUGCUCGACCACUCGAUCGUAAUAUUGAUGGAAUUCCGAACGCAACUCAUUAUUUACCUGUUCUCAUCACAUUUGCACAGGAUGCAAAUGGCAUCAAUCGUGCCUACUUAAAUAAUGUUACAUUUACUUCUGAUGCUAACUAUAUCCCGACGACACACGAGCCAACGGAAGGAAUUACUUCAGACACAUACGCACCACUCCUUCAUCAAAUGGCGAGGAAGCCAAAUCAAUUGGGCAUUCCAUUACCACGAAUAGAACCUGUAAGUCAACUACCAACAAUUCAAAGUGAUGGCAAUAGUCACUAUUUGAUCCCCUAUGAAGCUGUCGUCGAUAUCUAUUUAAAUAACACGGAUGUAGGUGACCAUCCUUUCCAUAUGCACGGUUUUACCUUCUGGAUUAUUGCAACGUCGCAAUAUCCGGAAGCCGAAUAUUUGUACCAUGGCAACUAUAUUCGACGUGAUGUGAUAACUGUACCGGCUUCUGGUUGGGCUAAAAUCCGAUUUAUAGCCAAUAAUCCUGGUGCUUGGUUAUUACAUUGCCACAUAGAUUGGCAUAUGACUGCUGGAAUGAUAUUAGUUCUUAUUGUUUCUCCUGAACAACUACUAUCAGAAGGCUACACAAUUCCACAGGACCAAAAGGAUUUGUGUCACGCUCUGCAAGUAUUUAAUACAAACAACGGAACAGUAAACUGA